GAGAGAGAGAGCAAUCAAAGAUAGAUAGAUAGAUAAAGAUUAGAUAGAUAGAUAGAUAGAUAGAUAGAUGGAUUAUGCAUUAUUUGAUUAAGUAUAAGGUCAUCAAAAGACUGUACAUAUUUCUAGAUUCAUGAAGUAAAAAUAUAUAUAUUUUAUUUUUUAUUCAAGGAAGGUUCCAGAAUGUUUUGGUAAUGUUGUAGCAAGAACUCUAUUAUCCAAGAGAAUUUUACAUAUUUACUUUACAUAGGAUUUUGAUCAUAUUUUGUUAGGAAUUGUUUUAUUCAAUUUGAUAAUACGUGCUACGUACUUUACUUAAAAUAAAGAUAUUGUUCAAAAUAUAUAAAAAUAGAAUAAAUCUAAUUUAUUCAAAUUUAUUUAACUCAUUACAUUUUUUAUUAAUUAAUUUAUUCUACCUUUACUCUGUUAUCACUGCUGUAAUUUGUUAAAAAACAAUAGUGAUGUUUUUGUCCGUAAACCUUGAUCUUUCAGUUUAAACAGUUUUCUGUCUUUCUUUCUUUCUUUCUUUCUUUCUUUCUUUCUUUCUUUCUUCCUUCCUUUCUUUUCAUUUGUUACGUCAUUCGGUUGCAUCACUAAUAUCACUUUUUGCUCGCAGGUCGCGAGUGACGUGACAGUGACGUCGCCGCUCCCUCAGCGAAUGAGGAGCGAUCAGUAGCGGAACAGCGGGAGCACGGAGCGGAGGAGCUGCAGAGAAAGACGUGCACGAGUUAAAUCUGCACAUAAUCUGUCAAGUUAUCAGGUUUGAUCAGCUUCACAUCUGAGCAACUUUGCAGUGAGAAAACACAACGAGCUGAGAUGAAGACACUGGUGGUGGGAGUGGGAGGGAUGACCAAUGGGGGGAAAUCUACUCUGUCCAAGAGUCUGCACCAGCUCAUACCCAACAGCUGCCUCAUAGCACAGGAUUCAUACUUUAAGGAGGACUCGGUCGUGCCGGUGGACAACAAUGGCUUCAAGCAAUAUGACAUGCUCAGUGCUCUCCACAUGGACACGAUGAUGAGCGAGGUCCACUCGUGGCAAAGAGAUCCUGAGUCGUUCCUGAGGCAGCGAGACCUGAACCCAGAGGCGACGACACCGACCGACGUGUGUGUGCUGAUAGUCGAGGGAUUCCUCAUUUUCAACCACAGGCCUCUGAAUGAUCUAUUUGACAAAAGAUUCUUCCUGGAAAUUCCAUAUGACGUCUGCAAGAGGAGACGAAGCUCCCGGGUGUACACCCCUCCUGAUCCUCCUGGUUACUUUGACAGGUAUGUGUGGCCGAUGUACCUGAAGAACCGGCGGGAGAUGGAGAGCAUGGUGUCUGGAAUAGUGAUUCUGGAUGGACUGAAGCCAAAAGACGAACUGCUGGACGCUGUGUGUGAAUAUGUUUGUCAGGAAAUAGACAGACUCGGGGAGAAAGACAGAAAAAGUUGAACUCCUCUGAAGGUGGUGACCACUGCAGCGGAAAGGACCAAAGCAGUGGAUAACAAUGAACUGAUGUUGUAACAUAUGAAGUUGCACAGCUGGAGUCUGGAGAGACGCUGUCAGAAUAACAGUGAACCUCUUUUAACGGACAGUAUUACAAAGUUAGGAUACACUCUGGGAAACCUGAAUAUUAGUUUUUUUUAAUGCUGAAUAUGAGACACACAGUGAACUGAUGUGAUAUGUUACACUUUGUUUGUGUCACAGUAAUAUGUCUUUUAAUAUGUAAGGAUUUGAUGUACAAAUAAUUGCUAAAGACUGUCACUAAUAUUUGGAUAUUAUAUUAUAAUAAUUAUUAAUAAUAUUUUUAUUUCCUAUAAUUUGUCAAAGCAGCCACUGGUUCACGACAUAGACUGUAGAUAAAGAUGGAGGACGCUUCUCUACUUCCACCAACUAUCUAGUAAUCAAGCUAAACUAUCCCUGAUACGAUCACUGCCAUCUUGAGCCUGAGUACGUCAUUUGGAGCCAGAGUCUGUGCCGUAGGAUCAGGGGACCAAUCGCAACACGGUAUCAGCUGUCAAUCAACGAAUCCAACUUGAUAAUGAUGUGACCCGUACCGCAUCCCGCCACCAGGGGGCGAUCGAGAUGCUUUGGCUUUACUCUUGGUGAGCUGUCAUGUCGUCCAUCUUUAUACACAAUCUAUGGUUAUGUAUGUGUAUGAAUGAUGUCCUUUGUCUCCACCUUGUGGUUGGAUCAGAAACACUGGAGACAAACUAGUGACCCUGUUUCUUUUUCCUCUGUGACCUGAAAACAAAUCAGUGUCUGAUUCACAAUAAAAGAAACAUCAAAACUCAAA